CCGGAAGCGCUGGCCGGUUGGCGUUUCCGGGACACGUCGCGGCCGCGGCCAUGGAGACGCUGCUCGCGCUGCCCUUCGCGCUGCUCGAGUGCCCCAACGUGAAGCUGAAGAAGCCGGGAUGGCUGCACAUGCCGUCCGCCAUGACCGUGUACGCCCUGGUCAUCAUCUCCUACUUCCUCAUCACCGGCGGUAUCAUUUACGAUGUAAUAGUGGAGCCUCCAAGUGUGGGAUCAAUGACAGAUGAACAUGGUCAUCAGAGACCUGUGGCCUUCUUGGCAUACAGAGUGAAUGGCCAGUACAUCAUGGAAGGUCUUGCUUCUAGUUUUCUGUUUACAAUGGGAGGCCUAGGGUUUAUAAUCUUGGAUCGCUCAAAUGCACCCAAUAUUCCAAAACUGAAUAGAUUCCUGCUUCUGUUCAUUGGCUUUGUCAGUGUCCUGUUGAGCUUUUUCAUGGCCAGAGUCUUCAUGAGAAUGAAAUUGCCAGGUUACUUGAUGGGCUAAUUUAAUGAAGAGCCAUAGGUGUGAUUCAUGGAAUGGAGAAAAUUGACUGAAAACUGUAAUUUUAAGAAAAGUGAUCUGAGCGUGCACAUUUGUAAAGAAAACAAUAAAUAUGUUUCUACAACAAGUGUGUUAACUAUGGUGAUGUAGCUUUAUUAGCUACUGAAUUUAAUUGAUAAUUAAACCAAAUGUAGUUCCGCCAUUUGUAGAGUCUGGAUGCACAGUCUGUGGUUUUGCAGUUGCCAGUUAAAAAAACAUCAUUUGUACAAUGCCCUUCCUAAAAUCUGGAUAUUCCAAAGUGCUUUGUAAGUUCAAUUAAGUCCUGAUGAAGAACUGUUAAUGCAGGAAAACAGUUCUGUACAGAAGGGCACUUAAAUGCCAAUGUUAACAUGAAUAUAACUGUUUUGGUGUCAAUUGGCUAGGAACAAAUAUUGCUUGGAUACCAGUGAAACUUUUCAAUUUAUAAUAGGACUGUUUGUCCAUCUAAGAGUUUAAUGCCCUUGUCAAAUGAUGAUGUCACAGGUGCUCGCAAAUAUGAUGUGUUCAUGUCACGGGAGUGGAACUUAUACUACGUUUCUUCUGGCUCAUGGCAAGGGUACUACCUGCUGCACUACCACUGACUGGCAGGCAUCAAUAACUUCUACAAAUGUCAAGGAAAUAAUGUAAUUUGGUAUAUUGCAUUUCUUUUUUUUAAUCACCUAUUUCUGAUGGGUUCAUUCAUGAAUUUCACAGAAUUGUUAUUAAAAUUAUUGCCUGUCAAAAGUUGCUUUGUGGCGCAGGCAGAAUUGUGGAUUGAACAUUACACUUUCAUAAUAAAAUCGCAGUUGAAUUCUGAUAACUUAAA